AUGGCGGUGACACCAACCACGCGCUGCUUGUUGAUGCAAUUUAUUUUGUCCGCAACUUCCGCUGAGCCAUCAUCACUUUCCAGUGGCUCGGCUCAUCGGGCCCCAGUUCUCCUUCGGAUUCAUUUGGUAUCGCACAAGCUUCUGCUUAUUCUCCUCGCGGCCCAGUUCCUCAUCGAAGACCACCUCGGUGAUCUUGGAAACCGCCUCGUCCACUUUCCCUUGCAAUGGCUUCGAGUAACGCGAUACCCGAGACCUUUGAGAGCGCCCUUCAAAUGUGCUUCUGGGGGGCUUUGGCAGUUCAUGAGGCCUGCCACCUGCGCAGGGUAG